AUGGAAUUGCUUAAGGCCACUCUUAGGGUACUUUUUAACAUAAACUAUCGAUGCGGUGUGAUUGAAGACUAGUAAUUUCGUUGACGUCUGUUGCUAAACUGAAGAAAGAAAUUUCCUCAGUUUCACUUCUACUACAGAUGGAAACGGCAGCAAACGAAAUCCUGACGGACAAAACAAUCAACCCACUGUUCCAGAGAGCCCAUAAUGUCAGAGGAUGGAUCAAUGCCCGGGCUUACGAAAUAAAACACGAAAUGGCGCUGGUGAGUGCUGGUGCGUUCCUUGAGGUUCUUUAUGUAUUUCAAACCUACGAAACAAUUUUGAUCGCCUGUUGCUUUAUUUUCCAAGUUUCGUCAUGACAAGAAGCAACACCUGUCACAUCAUUGUGGCCGUUCAAUUACCUUGGGACUAACUAAUACACUGUUUUGAAAAGUUGUGAUUUGCAUGAUUCACUCCUAUGUUAAGGUUACUUCACACCUUCAGAGGCCGAAAAAAUCGAUUCUUUCUUCUAUUUGAGUAAACUGAAUUCAAACAUUCAAUCUAAAUUACCCAUUUAAAUUUUUUCCGAAAAUCUUUAAAAGCACACGAAUUAUUUAGAUAACGUAUUUUCAAAUAAAAGGUAGUAAAUCAGGAAGAUGUCUCGGACCAGGGGGAGUCCUCUGGGGGAAUGUUCGCGACAAUCGCUCAUGUUUGGGCUCGAUUUUCAUGUUAUUUUCGUAGUUUGCCCACAUCGCGCACUUUACAAAAUUCACUCAUGGAAUCUCUUUGAUUAAGGAAAAAUCGUUGCUAAAACAAAAAUCAAAAGCGGGAGAAAGCCCUUGGUAAAAAAGGAGAAAAAAAAAAACAGGCUCAAAGAAGAACGAAAGUUCUGUCAAGAUAAGAAAAAAAAUCCCUUUUAAAGCGAUUGGUAGUGGCGGAGCUCCACGCUGGCGUCCAGAUUUCGAACAAAGAAGUCGCCGUCAAACCAAAAAUUGCCAUCCAUGAUGUUAGAAACGAGGUUUCCUUUUCUGUAUCCAAGUAACAGCCUUGGUACAAAAACAUUAACAAUAAUCUCGAAUGGUAAUUUUGAAAGCUGUAUAUCUGUCUCCAUCAUCAGCACAUUUUCCGUGGGCAACUUUGCUCAUUAUCAGGGACCUUUGGCAAACCACCACGGCGACGGCAACAAGGACGUGGCAAAACAAAGAUUUAAUGAGUACAAAAUAGUUUAACGUGAGCGCCUUAAAACUGUGUACAUUUCUUGGUCGUUCUCUGCGAAACAACAACGUGAAACCAUCAGAAUUUUCGUGGUCUGAGAAAGGAAACCCCGACGACAGAUUAUUUAAGUUUCCAUUUGGAACUCAACGCCGCUCUCUUACAUGUUGCUGAGGGUAACUUUCGUCGCUAUAAGAGAUGAUAAACACAUCCAGUCUUUCGCGAAAUUCCAACUAAAAAUAUGUAUUCAUUUUUAAAUCGACGUCGUCCUUGGCGUUGCCGUCCUAACUGCUAAAGAUCUCUAAUGCGUCGUCCUUCUCAACGCUCUUUGAGCGAUCGAGAUAAAACAAUAACCGUGUCUGCAUGGGUUACUUUUCCCAGGAGAUCUUGAUCCAGCGAGAUUAUCUCCUGGCGUGGCGAACCUUUAUGAGCUAAAAUCUUGCAUUUGAUUUUAGGAGGAAUACAACCACUUUGAGCCAAUUUAUAGGGUAUAUAGAUUCGACCGAUUUUCGUCAAAUUUCGCAAGAACAUUCUAGGAAUAACGACAAACGAAAGAGUGUCCAGAACUUGUGAUAUUUGAAAUAUUUGUCCCGUGGCGUCCAUUUACGCGACACACCUCGCUUUUUUUUUUAGCUACUCCAACUUUAGAUGCCAAUAUCUAGACAAUCAAUCAGAAUAUCGACAAAGCCCAAGUCACUUGUGCUGAUUGCUUGAUGUCUUGUGAAUAAGACUGCGCAGCCAUUUGCGUGCUGCGGCAUCUGAUACCAGAUAAAUUCAAUAGAAGAAUCUUCGGUCGUUUAACGCCCUACCAGCUCCUGACACUUUCUUAAAAGAAAUGUCUCUUUAAUCAUAUUUUUAUCGUAAACUGCAGUUAAUAAGCUUUCUUCUGAUUUAUAGUUUGCUAGGAUUUUAAAAACUAGCACGCCUACGAAUUUUUUCCCGAACGACACCAGCGAAGGUGGGAAGUAACGUUAAAGUGAUUUGCAUGUUUACCUCUACUCUGGAAAGCUAAGGGGAUAUAGCCGCUCAGUUAAUUGAGAUCACUGCAAAGGGGAAAUGUCUGAUAGGAAAACUUAGUUGAAGUUUACUUUUUCGCCAUGAAUUAGUUUGGUAGUAAAAUAAUGAUAGAAUAAAGGAGAUAAGGAGGCCAUGCAUGAAAACCCUCAUUCGGCUCUCCAAUACUAUUACUAUUCACAGUUUGAAAACAAUUUAAUUAACAGUGUCAGAGGAAAAAAAAAUCACCGCUGACACAUUAUCUGAGUUUUCUUUCUAUGAUAUCCUAAUUAGGCCGAAAAAAGAGGGAGAUUUGGAAAAGUUAGAAGUAUACUAUAUUUUUCAUAUAAAUGCAUCAGAUGACACGCGCCAUGAAUUAUACUUGUUAGUUUACUACAGGCGACCUAAGCUCCAGUUGUGAGAUGAUCAACUUGCGAAAUAAGAGUCGAAGCGAAAUAAAAUAGUUUGUACACAGGCGUCUCAAGGUCACGUCUGGUCUAAACUGGAAAUUUCUGAAGCAAACUGCGGCGUAGCGUCGGUUUCACGGAGAAGAUUGAGUUUGUAGUGAAUUGAAAUGAGACUACAACAUAUGUGUUUGGAUUCUUCGUUGUAUUUGUGGCUGCCCGGUCGUUUAAAGAUUGGAUUUUUCGCUUCUCGGAUCGAGCGUUCGGACUCUUAUGUACGUAGUAAACCUAGAUAUGGAUAACUAGCUAAAAUGGGUUAUUUUCAAACAUAGUAAGCGGGCAGAUAAAAAGCAAUGCACUGUGGAAGUGAGGUGAAGUAUUUUUAAUGAGAAUGUGACUGAUUUUAUACCAAUGAAAGCGCCUUCGCACUUAGCCUCGUCCUCACGCCGUUAUUUCGGUACCAGAUCACUGAACCGCGAGAACUCGGAAGAAAUCGCAAAUUACAGAUCUCUAUUUUAUAUAUCAUCAGCAUAUUUCCAUUUCUCAAAUUACAGAUCUCUAUUUUGCAAAUCAUUAGCAUAUUUCCAUUUCGCAAAUUGCAGAUUUCUAGAAAUCUGCAAUUUGCGAAAUCUCCACUUCGUUCGUGGAUAACUCAAUGCGUCGUGUAGGCCAUAGAGCGCAAAAGUAAUAGGCCACUUCCGAGUUCUCGCGGUUCAGUGAUCUGGUGCGAAGGCACUUUCAUCGGUAUAAAGAGAAAAGGGCAGUGGUAGAGAAAACUAGCGAAAAUUUCUCGAAUUUCAAAGUGGGAGAGGAAAAAAUUAUUUGCGAGCGAGGCAUUAAGUAAAGUGAUGGCGGCAAAGGAAAAAAAAUACAGAACUUUUUGAUUUAUGCAAGAAAGCUGCAGCAAUGAAACAGACCAAAGUUGCCUCUACUGUCAGACAGCAAAAAAACUGUUGGAGAUCAAAUUAAAAACAAGUGAGAGCAAAUCUUUAGUACCAAAAAUUUUUAAUGCUUGGACGUACCACUAAUUUAACAUUCCAGAGCUCUCUUGCCUCGUUUGUUUUGAAGUCAUUAUUAUACCGUAGUUUUAUUUCUUGCUGAAUCGUAACGGGGGCUUACUAUAGUUUUCGAAACAAAAUUGAAACCUGUAGAUUGUUGAAUGAACUCAAACUCUGUAAUUUUCGAAAUAGAAAAUGUGUAGAUCUGUAAUUUACAUCAAUAGAAUUGCAGAAAACUUAAGGCCAUCAACGGCAAGGAUGAACCUACAUAACCUUGCAAAUAAUAACAACUUGGGAAAGAACGAAAGGAAAAUCUUCGUGGUGCACUUUGCAAAAUAUUCACUUGUCCGUUUACGAUGAAUAAUUCGAAUGCGUGACAUGACAUUUUACUACAUAUGUCACGCAUUCCUCCUCAGCAGGAAAACAUAGAAGCUAUCUCAUACCAUUGCCCUUAUUUACUACAAAAAUAUUCAGAGAUGGAUGAAAUGAGAAAAAUGUUCAGUUUAGGUUUCAAAUGUUAUUUAUAGUUAAUAUUAUUAUAUACUCAACAAAAUAUCGCGUUUCUGAUUGGUUAAUGAUGAAUGCAUAAAUAGGUUAUAGAGUGCAAUAGAGGUUAUAGAGUGCAAUACGGAGAAGUUGCCAUGGAAACACCGGGGAAGCGCCAAAUUUGAACACCAAAUUAUAAAAAAAUGGCUGACAGCCGGUUUGCUUUGUCAAACCAAAACAUCGUUGAGCAACUUAAAGAAAAUGCGAAAAACAAAAACACGUUGAAAGCUACACAGACCUGGUUAAAUGUCUGGCAAACGAAAAGUAAACCCAAAAAUGGAAGAAUACGAGCACGAACAACUCGAUAAAAUGUUGCAAAUCUUCUACACAGAAAUACGCACAAAAGACGGGUGUGAGUACGAACCUGAGAGUUUAAAAUCCAUGCUGGCAGCCCUCGACCGCUAUUUAAAAGAGCAUGACUACAAGUACUCUAUUAUACGAGACCGAGAGUUUCACCAGUCGAAGUUGGUACUCGAAGGAAAAGUGAAGUGUCUCCGUCAACAAGGAAAAGGCAAGAGACCCAACGCCGCGAACGUACUGACAGCCGAAGAAGAAAAAAUGCUAUGGAGUGAACAAAGUCUCGGCGACUGCAUUCCAAGAGUUCUUUCCCAGACGAUGUGAUGGAUCUUGACUCAACAUUUUGGCCUGAGGGGAAGACAGGAACACCAUUCAAUGGAAGUCGAGGACUUCAGUUUUUGUGUGGACGACAGCGGCACAGAGUACGUCACAUUUAAAGAAAAUCCUACAAAGACGAGGCAGGGAGGACUGAACACAAAACAUCGUAGUGUUCUGCCAAAAAUGUUCGCUACUGAAAUUGACUAACCACACCGCAAGGAAGACAGUUGUGAAGAAACUCAGAGCAGCAAGCGUCGAGAGGCAGUCGAUAAUCGAGGUGACCGGCCACGCAAGUGAAAAGUCUCUUAACGACUACGAUGAAGGUAGCGAGAAGGAACAGCGACAGCUUUCAAACAUUAUCAGCAAUGCUCCACAGUCAGCAGCCUCCAGCAGUUUUCCUGGUCUACCAAUGUGGUCUUCUCCUGCAACGACUUCAACGUGUGAACAGAUGAAAACAAGCGGCCAUCCUUUCACUGUGAACAACUUUCACAACUGUCAAGUCACAUUUAACGUGAUUCAGGGGCAAUGCAGUUCACCAAAGUCAGAAUGUUAUUCCCUGAGGCCGAUUGAGAUCAAACAUUUGAAAACAGUUUAGCGGGCUUCAGUACUCUUGCCGCGUUUAAUAACGGAAAUUUAGCUUUUGAGUUCGGCUUGUAAUAUUUUCUGAGAAACUUUCAAGAACUUCACGCUUGAUUUACCUGUCACAACAUUACAUUUUUGAUUGGUUCAAAUAAAACUUGUGAGCAUUUUGGAACCCAUUGAAGUGUUUUUUGUAGUACGUAAGGCGUGCAGAGUAGCGCAAUGGAGUAAUUUUGUCGAGAAUAUAAUAAAUAAAAAAUCGUAUGAACCUGCUCGUGCAUUUCGUGAUUUAUGGUCACUCGUGAUGUUUUGAAAGUUCUCAAAUUGCACUCGCCUACGGCUCGUGCAAUUUUGAGAACUUUCAAAACAUCACUCGUGCCCAUAAAUCACGAAAUGCACUCGCGUUCAUACGAUUUCCUAUACUUAUAAGCUAAGUUGUGUUUCCAAUUUACGCUAGUGACGAACUGACCGAUUUAUCAUUCUGGCCCAGUUGUAUAAAAGGCGGAUAACGCUAACCAAUGGAUAAAUCGCUAUCCAGCGGAUAAGUGAUAGCAAAACGUACAGCGUUAUCCAACGGAUAGAGUUUUAUCCAGUGGAUAGCAUUAUCCAACCUUCGAACAACCGGGGCCUGGCCGGUGGAGUUUACCGCAUGGAUUCUCGUUUUGUCAGAAGUAAUGGGCUCCUGGUUUUGUACACUACAGAUUUUUAUUUCGCAAUUUUGCUAAUUUUAGAUUUUGAGCUCAUUUCGCAACUAAAGGGUUUUCAAUUCGUAUCGUUAAGAUCGUCUCGCAAAUUACAGUUAGCCCUUGCUACGGAUCAGAGAGAAAAAAACAAAAACUAAAUGAUGACAAUAAGAAACUUAGGCCGGGCUUGACCAGGCUGCACGUGGACACCGAACGAAAACUCUGGAAAGUUACAGAGGUUGUGCAUCCAAGCAUCCAAAAUUUUAGGAACUAGAAAUUUGUCCGGACUUGUUUGUAACUUCUCCUCCAACAGCUCUUGCGGGCUUCAGCAGAGGCAGCUAGUUGGAUUUGCUUCAUUACUGCAGCUUUCUUAAAUUGAACAGUUCUGCUUUUUUCUUUCCUUUGCCGCCAUCACUUAGCUGUGUGCCUCUCUCCCACAAAUAAUUUUCACUCUCCCACACUGAAUUUCGAGAAAUUUUCUUUCAUUUAAUUUUCGCAACCACGGCACUUAACUCUUCCUACCGAAGAGGACGACUUACUAGCUAGCCCACAUCACUGGCUACUCGGGUUCAUGUUAACCCCUUCACACCUAAGGUCACAUAGUAGUUUAGCUUACUGUCUGUCACACAAUUCUUGUGAUGUGAGUUUGGAUGAUUUGUUAUUGGAUUAACUAAUAAUCCUCUCAUUUAUAUUUUUCUUUAUUCUCAUCAUUUUUCAUUUGUCUACUUGAAACUGUACUGAUGUUUUAAGGAGAAAUUUUGUCUUGAAGACUCAUGGGAGUUACAGGGUUAAGAGUGGUAAAGAUUUCCUCACUUUGUCGUCUUCGGAAAAUCUUUUUGCUUGUCUUGAGCUGAUAAAAUUCAUUUGUCUAGUCUGUAAUGUCAUUAAUUGUUCAUAAAAUUAUCAUGUGUAAAGUUAUUUACAUGAUCAGACAUUAAAAACUACAGAAUGAGUUUAUAUGAAAGCAUGGCAUUUUGUUCUGGGUUAGCUGUGUGGAAACUUACCCACAGUCAUCCAUAUGGUUUCGAUAUCACAUAGUCAUAGACCAGACAUGGCAAACUUUUCCGAAAGAAAACAAAAAAGCUGUAGAUUUAAGUACUAGAGAAUUCCUCUGAAACCCUAAAAUCACAUUAUUUUGUAGGGUGAAAGAAAACCAUUUGAUGAGGUUGUAAUACAUUAUGGAGACCCUCAUGCAUUUGGGCAGUCACCUAUCACCUCUGUAAGACAGGUUAGUAAGCUGAUGCCAAGAAAGUUAAGAGCAUUUUAACUGACGCUCUAUGUUAAGUCGGUUAAAAUUCUAUCCUUACAAUUAACUGUUACAACUAAACUAAUUUAACAUCUGCCCCCUCUUUUGAGGGUCUCCAAUAGAUUUUUCGGGAUCCGGGAUUAGGCUAAUUUAGAGUCCGGGAUCCGGGAAUUUAAAGUAAGAAGGGAGCGAGAUGCAGGAUUGCUAUUAUGAACGGGACACGGAAAUCGGCGAUUUUGAGGAGCAGGAUUCGGGAAAUAAUCACUUAAACGAACCUAGAACCGGGAUGUCCGUUGACGAGAAUUUAUGAAGAAAUGGAUCUUCUCAGUCAUGAAAAGCACCAGGCAUACGGGCUCUCUUCAGUUAUUGCGCGGGAAUGAAAAUUAUAUCAGAAGUGAAGUUGCAAAUUUAUCAAAAAUCCUCAAUGGCCAACAGGGAAACGUAGUCUAAGACUGCUGCGUCAAUUGAAAUGCUUAACGGCGUUGAAAAACCUCCUGAAAGUCUCAGAAUUUUACCGAUAUGAUGCUCUUAACCUGUUGAGUUACAUGACUCUAGAUGUGAAGAAUAUUCACUUGGUUGUAUUUUUAGUCGGGAUCGCGGGAUUGAAGAACCCUAUUGGGAACCCUCUCUUUUAUGAGCCCAUUCCUGCAACGUUCCCUCUCAAAUUAGCCACUCUUCUAAACAACCCUCUACAAAAAUUUCCCUUCUCUAAUAAGUCUCCGCCCUUAAAAAAUUCCCCAACCCAUGCUCCUCAUCUUUUCCCAGAACAAAAUCUUGAAAAAUAAAAUGUGGAAAUAUCCUCACCAUUCUCGCAUUUCAAAGUGUGUUCUUGAUGAUGUUUAUGAAAUUGUAAGUUUUUCCUAUCAAAGUUAUAUGUUCUGUACACAGUAUUCAUAGCAACUGGGCAAAAGUGCAAAAGUUAUAAGAUAUCACCCCCAUUGUGGCCCUCAAUAUGUUUGAAAUUAGCCUCCUUCUCUACUAAUUCAGCCCUCUACUCCAAAAAGACUUCAUCUGAAUGACCCCCCUUUUGGUGACAAAACACGAAAAGAUGGCUAGCAGAUUAAAACUCUCGCUGCUUACGGCUGAGCGUGAGUAAUAAAAUUAACCUUCUCCAUCAAAUUAGAAAAAAAAAUUUCAAUUCUUGAAGAAAGUUACUUUAAUAACGAUUACUGAGAUGGUUAUUUGUAUCUUUAGUGUUUAGCCUGUCUCCUUUGUCCACAAUUUCUCGAUGACCCUCAAUUCCCUAAGGAUGUGAAAGAAAAGGCUCACAGAAUCCUAAAGGCAACACCAGGUUUUGCAAUAAGUAUGUACCAAAUUCAUUUUACUACAGGCUCUAUGAGUAGCUUUUAUGAAGUUAUUAAAUUUUUUUUUUUGGAUUUUGCUUUUUUUCCUUUUUAACCCUUUGCUUUACGUUUUGCUGCUUUGGGAUGUGAAAAGAAAGGCUCACAGAAUCUUAGGGCAACACCAAGUUUUGCCAUGAGUAGGUAGCAAAUUAAUUUUACAUACAGGCUCUAUGGGUAGAUUUUAUAAAGUUUUUUAAUUUAUUUUUUUUCGGAUUUUGUUUUUUGCUUCUUUAAUCCUUCCCUUUACGUUGUGCUGCUUUGGGAGAAGCACUGUGCAGUUUGGUUUGGAUAUUUGGUUUUCUUGUGUGCUUUUAAAUCUUCUCUCUUUUCGAUUUUUUUUCUGUCUUGUUAGGUAUCUCAAUUUCAUAAGCCCCUGAACCUGCGGGCUUCAGUAUAAGAGGGAAAUUACUGUAUGCUUAAUUCAUUUAGUAUAUACCAAACAUGCCAAUGGUGUUUUGAACUUUUUCAGUUCAUACUAAAAUAAUUGUUCACCUCACUGUAGUGAUAAAGCUGGAAUAUUAUCCACCCUAGUAAAAAAUUAUCAAAUGUACUUUUAUCAAUCCUUUAUAAGUUUCAUUUGUUUACAGACUCCAUAUACUGUGUUCUUGCGAGAAAAAGUAUUAAAAAAGACAGAAAUCAACUAAAUUUCACAGUUAUUUUUUGUGCUUAUAAAUGAUUUUAAAUAUCAAUUCACAUUGUUUUGGAGGACAUCACUAUCUAUAUAAUGUAUCUUUUAUUAGGUUCGUACACAGAUACUAUUGGAUUAAGACUCAUUCGCGAGGAUGUAGCCAAAUACAUUUCGAGAAGAGAUGGUUACCCAGCUGACGUUGAUGACGUCAUUUUAACUAAUGGAGGGGCAAUAGGAAUCGAGGUUAGAGACCAGUACUCUUUCUACUGGGUUGCAGCUAAUCUGCCGAUCAAAGUCGUGUGUCUGCUCAGUUGUAUAUCACAGGUACAAAAACGUAAUGAAAGCGAAAUUUGGUUAAAACGAAAAAUGUGGUUUGGACAAGUUUGCCACUAAUGCAAAAAUUUGUUUGCCACUGAUGCAUAAAGUAGAGCAACGUGUGAGGUACGACGCCGAGAAAUCAUGUUAACAGUCCCAUUUAGGCUUUUCAGAUUCAAAGGAUGCGGAGAAGAAGGAAAAGAAAUUCAAGUAAGGUUGACAUAAGUAGCGAAUUAUGAGGUCACUAUGUGUAGGUACAAUGUAGGCUACCCGCCUGCGUAGGGUGGCAGUGUAUGUGAAAAGUAGUUCUUUAAUUUAAAUAACUAGAAAUACUGCGAUUACCACGCAAGGUUUGUUUCAUCUCAGAGCAAUUUACAUUUUCUACUAAAUUAUCUUCUACAGGUAGCCCUCGCAUCCCUUGGUACUGAUAUGCCGAACGGCAAACUUAAGCCAGGGCUUAUGAUUCCCAUUCCAGUUUUUCCUCAGUACAAGUCCAGGAUUGUAGAAUUCAACCUCUACGAGGUAAUGCUGACAUUGUGUUGAAUACUUACAACCGGCAUUUCUCUAUUGAUUCAUUUGCAUACUCUUCAGUUUAAUGUUUCUUAUUCUUUGUGUCUUAGUGCUACAUUAUUGGACAAGUGGAACUUAACAGAAGAAAAAAUUAGAAUAGAUGAAGGUCUGAUAUUAAUCAGUGACUCAUGCUGAUUAGAGUCCAUAAGAGGAGUGACUUAGCUUAUGAUUGCUGUGCUAAAACUGAUCUUUCUACUCAGAUCCCUUAUUAUUUGGAAGAAGAAAAUAACUGGUCUUUGAACAUCGGUGAAAUGAAGAAAGCCAUAGAUGAGGCCAGGCCGCACUGUGAACCAAGAGGACUGGUACUGAUUAAUCCUGGUAAUCCUACGGGUGAGACAUACGUUUGUAACCAUGGUAACUAGUGCUGUGGUUGGAGAUGAACCUGAUGAUGAAUGAGUGAAGUAGAAAACCUGAUGUUUUUUCUUUGUUCUCGAGAAUAAAAACUCCUAAAGGGGAAAUAAGAAAUAAUGAAAAUUGUCCAAACGUAACGCACGGAAAAAAAUACUUGGUUCGAGGUCAUGACAUACGGACUGAGCGCAGCGAGGUCCGUGCGUCAUGAUCGAGAGCCAAAUAUUUACCCGUCCAGCCUGACCAAAGUCAGUCAAUAAGCAUUUUAUCAUAUGACCACUUAGCGUUGAAAAUUUCGAAAGUUUUUGUUCAACCAUAGUAGGACGCGAUACACGGGCACGCGGGAGAACAACAAAAAAUAUUCUACUAUUAAAAAAAUUUUCCUUUGUGUUUUUCGAGUCAGAGCAAAUAAAUCACAAUUCAUUAAAAACGCGCCUAUAAUUUUACCCUUUUUUCCUUCAAGUUUUUGCAACAAAGCAGUGUUAGUGCAGGGCCGAAUGGCUUUUUCCGGACAGACUCACGUCAAUCCGUCCGGUCGUACAAACGUCAGCUUUCAACAUGGUUUUCUAUGGGAUUGCGCGUGCGGGGCCGUAUGGGUCAUAUGGUAUUUAUCAAUCAUUCACUGAAGUGGAGGUGAAUAGUGGUGGAUACCUAUAGCUUGCCGCCUCGCGGCUCGGUAAAUAUCCACCAUUUGUUUUAGUAUAUAACGCACAGAUACCGACAAAUUAGUUUAUUGCUGACAUGGUUUGAUGCUACUCUGGUUUAAAGAUUUAAUGAAUGUAACCUGACGAGGUGCAAAUAGGCGUCAGGAAAUAAGCCGCCAUUAGCACGAUUUAAAGGAGCGUGGGUGGAGUUGAUAUGCCAGGUUUCCAAACAAAGGCGCCGGUGGUAACACCGAUUAGUGGUGAUAAUUUCAGACUUAUCCCACCGAUAAGGCUGAACUUUCUUUUUUGCAAAAGAAGACUCCUUUUUGAUGCUCUUUCAAACGUCUGCCAAACUAACGUUUGGUCCGUCCGAUAUUACAUUUUACUCAGCCUUCCUGAGUAAAGUUUUGGCUACAGAUUUUUAUGGCAAAUAGGGCGGUGAGAAUCGAAAGCGAGAUAUUUGUCGUUGUGGAUAGGUUUACGAGAGACGCUUGUCUCUAAAUUCCCCUGUUCCCCUCUGUACACAUUUAAAUCAAGAAAAGGCAAAUGUCUAUUCUUUUCAUGCUCAAGGGUGAGUUGGAUAGACGGCUCUAUUUAAUUUAAGUGCGAUAGGAGGUAUAAAGUGGCUAAGGUCCUUUGUUCGACGUCUUUAUUACCAUAUUGGCAUAUGUGCCAAAAACCCUUUGAUAGUAGGUGCCGUUGUAUGCAAAUUGAGUGGUUUUGAAGCAAAAAGACAGCAGAUUAAGAAUAUCCUCCACAGGCAAAGAAGUUCUCUAUUUAUUUUUAUAUUUAUUAUAUUUUCAAUAUUGCCUUUUCGGCAGAAUCCACACGUAUUUUAUUGAUACAUUGUAAAAUUGGUAAAUAAUGAAUACUCGUGUUGGUGUUUUUAUAAUUCCUGUGUUGCCUCAACCGCCAUUUCGGAGGUCUCUUUAACCUGUGAUUGGCCACCCAUAUUAAUAGUCAUAGGAUGACCUUUUCGUCUAUCUUUCAUACUCAGGACAGAUUUUGAGUUACGACAACAUAAAGGAAGUCAUCAAGUUUUGUGCACGAGAGAAACUGGUUUUAUUUGCGGAUGAAGUGUACCAGGAAACAGUCUUUACAAAGGAAGUCCAAUUCCACUCGUGCAAAAAGGUUCUGAGGGACCUGGGACCUGAAUACAAUAACUUUCAAUUGAUGUCGCUCAACUCCGCCUCUAAAGGAUUUUAUGGCGAGUGAGUGGAGAGGCCACAUUAUGAACAACACUGCGCCAUAAUUAAUUGUAAAAAUUCUUAUUAUCAUCACUUAUUUUAUUUUAACCCGUGUUUUAUUUGGAGUUUUCGGUAAGAGGCAGGGAAGGAAGGGGUCUUAACGGGUUGUUUGCGGUACGCCAAAAAUAUGCUUUAAGAUGUUCAAUGUGAAAUUUCUUUACAAGAUUUCUUAGCUUUGGAGUUCGUGAACAUGAUAUUUACACUACUUUAAUUUGGGCGAAAGGACGAUAUGCAAACGCAGGUUAAAUACCGAAUGACAUGCACGCUCUGAUAGUAAAUAUUUUCUCUCAGCUUAAGAAUCAUUUCAUUUAUUUUACUUUUAUAGGUGUGGUUUGAGGGGAGGGUAUCUUGAGCUGGUCGGAUUUAGCAACGCGGUCAAACUGCAGUUUAGAAAUCUGAUGUCACCAAGUGUUAGUGGCUCGACUAUUGGGCAGGUAUUAUUUCAAGUUUCUUAAUUUUAAACAUGUAGAGAACCUCAUGAUGAAGCACUUAGUCUAACAGGAACAGAACGGUGAGUAAGCCAAACCGUUUGAACGUCUAAUGAAUGUUAUCUCUUUUCACAAAAUUGGAGAUUUCACAUACAGAGAGAAGUACCAAACCAUGCACCCCUACGUAUAUCUGCUGUACUGAAACGGCUUUUUGACUUCUGUACAAGGACUGAAGGGAAAGUGAAACGUUGCUUGAAAGAUAGAAGAACAAAAUCAUGUACUUAGCCUCGCUUGAAUUUUUUUUCUAUUUUCAAGGCUGCCAUAAGUUUAAUUUGUUGUCCGCCUCAGCCUGGAGACGAGUCGUAUGAAACUUUUAUACAGGUUUGUAGCGAAGGUCUGGAUACAGUUAUAUUUGAGUUAACUCCAAGAAAGAAUUAUUUUUAGAGUAAAAUUACUCAUCAAAUCGGCUAUAAAUCUAUAAGCCAAUCAUUCAAUUAUUCCUAUUUUCUGCGUGUAUUUAUGUGUUUUUUGCCCUUUUGGGGUAAGAAAUACUCGCAGUCAAAGGAAGAACUUUGAAAUAUCAUACUGGUCGUUUAUCUCGCCAAGCAAUAGAAAUCCUUGUGGACAAGGUUCCUUAUGGUACGGUUCCCCUUGGAUGAGAUCCCUUUGUCCUGCAAGCUUUAGUCCUUAUCCUUUAUGGGUACGUGAAGGAUAGGGUUCCUUGUGGAGUAAGCUUCCUUUGUACUGUUAACUGCACUUCAUACUCUUUACGGACUAAGUUCCGUUAAAGUAAUAAUGAAUAAGGAUCCCUGUGGAUAGGGUAUCCUAUGAAUAAGAAUCCUUUGUACCGCAAACUAUCGUGACUCUUUACCCUUCAUUGACAGGUCAAGGAUAAAGUUCCUGAGGGAUAAGGUUCCUUAUGGAGAAGGUUUCUUAGGGAUAAGGUUCCUUAAGGACAAGGUUCCUGAUGGUGGGAUUUCCUUUUGAAUAAGGCUAUUCAUGAAUAAGGAUCCCUAUCGAUAAAUUCUCUCAUGGAUACGGCUCCUUUUCCUGCAAACUGCAAUCACAUUUUUUUAAUGGAUGUAAAAUUGUUAAGAUGGUCAUUAAGGGUCGAGUACAGUCAGUCUUACAUCAGUAUGCAUAUUCUCCAUACUGUUCUUUACACAUUUCCUAACUUGCUUAGAAGGAGAAUUUGUUUAAUAAUCAAGAGCUUCUUUAGUUGGUGAUCAUUUCCUUUAUUCUCAUGACCUUAAAGUGUGACUCAGGGGUGAUAUUAUAAGGAGAAAUUAGAUGUCAGUCACUCUUAGGGGUUAAAGGGUUAAAAGACUUUGUUAACUGAUUUAGAUUAUAGUCAUGUUUGCUAAAUAAUUGUUACGUAGUUAUACUGAAUAAAGUGAUUUUUUACAAUUUUAAAAUUUCUUGCGUGAAACUCACCAGAGACCAAAAAUCAGUCAAUGAUGGUGAGGCAAACAAACUUCCGUUUGUUUCUAAGGCUCAUAACACAUGUACUUUGAACCUUGGAAACAAACGGCAGUUAAGGCAUGUGUUCAAGAUCUAGACAAGAAGAUUUCGUGACACGAUUAUCACUGUUAAUGCCAUAAAAGCCUAAACUAGCUAAUUGGAAUUUUAUAUUUAAUCGACAUAUUCUAUUUAUAAAUGUACCAAACCAAUUGGCUUAAACCACUUAUAGUUCUUUUCAAUGUUAUUAUUAUUAUUAUUGAUAUUAUCCUAUUUAAUAAUCGUGUAGUUCAAUUUUUUUAGUUGCAAAGCGAUUAUAAAUAAACAUCUUAUCUCUACUUAACUCUCUAUCUCUAUCUUACGAAAGACUUCAGUAUAUUUUACUUUUGUUUUGUAGGAGAAGACGGACAUUUUGGACUCUUACCAAAGGAAAGCGAAAAUCACCACUUCAAUGUUGAAUUCUUUAGAAGGAGUGACGUGUAAUGAAGUAACUGGUGCCUUGUAUGCUUUCCCCAGAAUUCGUCUUCCACAAAAAGCUAUCGAGGAAGCCAAGGUGAGGAAGUGAGCUGUAGAUGUGACGAUAAGUUUACUCACUAUACUCAGCAGGUGCACAAAUAUAUUUUAAAGGGACGAACCUUCGAGAUGAUACUCAUUAUUUUUUUUCUCAGUACGUGAGCAGGCGGUAUUCUACAAAUCCUGCGAUUUAAUUGGUUCCGAGAGCAGGCACUACUCUCCCAUCCGGCCCGCUCUCAGCUGAGAGCGGGCGAUAUCCGCUUCGUGUUGAGUCGCUUUGCAGAACGUCUUUAGCUUCGUUGCAAUUAUUCAUGUUGUUUUCCUGGCUGGGCAGCAUUAAUGAGCAGAGACUUCGGUCACGACCUUUAACAGAUAAAUAACUUAUCAAUUCUCUCCUCUCUUUGUCUCUCUCUCUCUCUCCCCCUCUCUCUAACUCUCUCCCUCUCUCAAAUCACUUUGGUUUUUUUUCCGCAAAAAUUGAUUUCAAGAUGAUUUUUGUGGUGUUAAAUGUUGUUUUUGAAUAUAUUAACACACGGCCUAAAAACAGUUUGAAAUUUAAUCAUCCUUUAUAAAAAGUAACUCAGAUAAUUGUAACGAGAGGUAUUUGGGGUUAAAAGUUACAUUAAUCAACAUAACUUUCGUUCAUUUAAUAUCUUAAUUCUCCAAAACAGUUUGUUCGUUAUAAAACGUUGAACGAAGUGUUGAAGUCACAUUAAGAUCUCUGAGUGGUUGUGAAGAAACAAAUCGUCGUAAGUAAGGCUGAUAGUCAGUGUUUAGCACCUCAUCUAUUUGUGGACACUACUUUGUCAUUUUCCAAUUCGCGUUAUCCGUGCACUACUCAUCUUUCCUUACAUUUCGAGUUAACUUGGCGUCCAUCAGUGGGAAAAGGGUUGUUAUGAGAACGUCAUUUCUAUUUCUUAAAAUCAUUUCCGUUUCUCUUUAGCGUAAUAACCUUGACCCAGACGACUUCUAUUGCUGGCAGUUGUUGGAAACAACCGGAAUAGUCCCCAUGCCUGGAAGAAAUUUUGGACAAAAGGAGGGAACAUACCAUUUUAGGUCAGUUUUAUUUUUCUGUGUUGUCCAUGAGAUGAGCAGCCCAAAUACUAUCGGUGACAGCACUGCUUUACAAGACAUAACGAGCCGGUCUUUUCCAUCUAUCUUAUUGGACUCUUGAAUAUCUGUUUUUUCCUUAACAGUCUGAUGGUAAACGAUCAGAGUCUAUACAGUCAUUCAGCAAGAACCAUUCGUUACUUGACUACUGCAUACCAACAAACUAAAUUUGAUUGGUUCUCAUUUCCUUAGAUACUCGCCUAUAUACCAUGCCACCCUUUUUUAAUUUCUAUUUAUACCCUUUUGCUCUAAAACAAGAUGAGUUUUUAUCUUUUAUCUCAUAGUUUGCAAUCACAGGCUUGCCUCCUUUCCAAUUGCUUUGUUCCCUUUUUUUCCUCCUACAGAUUAACAAUUCUACCCUCUGAAGAAAAAAUUGCCCCUUUGUACGAAAGGCUGAGCAAGUUUCACAAGGAAUUCAUGGACAAGUACAAGGACGACAAAGAAAACUAAUAGGGAUUUCAAACUGAGAUUUCGUUUUUUGUUGGGUAUUUACGGUGUUGUUGGUAGCAGUGACUGACGUUUCGAGAACCUAAGGUGAAAGUCUAAAUAAGAGUGACUUCGAUGAUGGCUCCGAUGAUGAGUCAUGAAUGCUUGUACUCGCCUGGUUUAUUGGGGUUUAUUAUUAUAAUUACAAUAUAACACACCUCUGCUUCGUGAAUUGUAUCGGCUACCUGUGUGAUACCGCAAAGAAUAUAAUCAUUCUUUUUAUGUUAUUGCAUGGCAUUGCGCCGGAGUGUUUUGGUAAUUUCAUAUCUUUAUUAUCUCCGUCCAUGAAUAAUCUACGGCGCAAUCAUGACACUCGUAUCCUAUCAUCCCCAAAGGUGUUAACCAGGAAUACUUCGGGGAUAGAUCAUUUAUUAGUGCUGCCCGUAAAUUUUGGAAUCUGUUCCCGAGUUCAAUUGAUCCAUUUUUGAAAGCUACUUAAAAGU